AUGGAGUUAAUUGAUGCGGGAUGCUUUAUUUCUCAAAUGAAUGAACUUCUAUUAAUUGAUCCUCUUUACAUAAACUAUGUUAUUACAAAUUAUUUUAAUAAUUAUAUAAAUGAUAAGAAUGUAUUGUUACCUCAGGAAGGUUUAAAUGGUGUAUACUUUGAGAACGCCAAAGCUGGGUUAUGGUCAUCAUUUGCCAUAAGAGAGAAAACUUCUUUCUCAUCUUAUAAUAUGACCGAAGAAGGUUAUGGUAAUAACUCGACUUAUAAUAUGUAUUCAAAUAAGGGUUAUAAUAAUGAAAUGGUUCAUUCAUUUAUUUGUUUCAAUAAUUCAGAGUUAAUGCAUCAAUAUUUAACUAUUGAUAAAAUUAAUGAACUGAAUUGGAAAACAUAUGAAGUGAACAAUAGUAAUGUAGGUAUAAAAAAAAAUGAUAACAAGAGUGAUCAUAUAAAUGAUAAUGAUGAUAAUAAAAAUGAUAACAAGAGUGAUCAUAUAAAUGAUAAUGAUGAUAAUAAAAAUGAUAACAAGAAUGAUCAUAUAAAUGAUAAUAGUAAUAAUAAUAAAUAUAAUAAUAAUUGUGUCUCAAAAUAUUUCACAAACAUACUAACAAUCGAAGGAGGACAAGUUGGAUUAUUUUGUGUUGAAUCAAUUAAAAAAUGUUCCAAUAUUCUUCUUGAGAAACAUGCAAAACCUGAUAUUAAUAGUAAAGAAGAAUUAGAUAUAUUAUUUAAUAAAAAUAUGAAUAAUUUAUAUCCAUGGUAUAAUAAAAUAUGUAAUAUGACAUUAUCAUCAUCUAUCACUAUUAUUGAUUUUAUUGAUAUGCCCAUUGGAAGUGUUUGUGUAUCUUCAUCAGAUUGUGUUUUUAAUUAUUUAUGCGAAGUAGUAACAGAUGAUAUUACAGGGGAAAUCUGGGCCAUAAGAGUUAAUUUCCUGAACCCACUAAAAUGA